GUGUCUUUUGACAUCCUCGACACCAAGUUCAACAUGAUUCUAGGCAUGUCUUGGUUGCGUAGCGCCGAUCAUCCGGUGAACUUCCAUGACCGAACUGUUCACAUCCAUGAUCGGAACGGAGUGUUAGUCCCUUGUACGGUCGCGACCCCUCACACUUCGAUUGCUUGUCACGUGGUUUCCGUUGCGAGAAUUCGCGACACCAUAGCUCGGAAUGACGUCGAGGAGAUGGGCCUUGUAUUCUUGCAUGCUCUCCCCUCGCCGGACGGACCAGCCGCGGCACCGCCGGACCCACACAUUUCUCACCUCUUGGACGAGUAUAGAGACGUCUUCGAGGCUCCCACCGGAACGGUUCCGGAUCGGCCCAUACGUCACGGGAUCACUCUCGAGGCUGGCGCCCCGCGUGGAUGUAUCUACCGCAUGAGCGAAGAGGAACUCGAGGUGCUUCGCGCACAAGUCAAUGACCUUCUCGACAAGGGUUGGAUUCGCCCUAGUUGCUCGCCAUACGGUGCCCCUCUUCUCUUCGUCCAGAAGAAGAACAAAGAUCUACGGCUAUGCAUCGAUUAUCGGAAACUUAACGCACAAAUCGUAAAGAACACCGGCCCUCUCCCUCGGAUUGAUGAUCUUCUUGAGCGGUUAGGCGCCGCGACGUACUUCUCGAAGUUGGACUUGAAGUCAGUGAAUCUCGACAAGUGCGAAUUCGCCAAGCAAGAGCUUGAGUACUUGGGUCAUUUUGUCACGCCGAAACGCAUUAAUCCCUUAGCGGACAAGAUCCAAGCCAUCGUGGAUUGGCCGGAACCCCGUUGCACGACGGAUGUACGGUCUUUCAUGGGUUUGGCUGGAUAUUAUCAGCGAUUCGUCGAGUCAUACUUGAAAGUGGCCGCUCCUUUAUCGAGACUUCGGUCCCCGAAGGUGCCCUUCGAGUUCGACGACGCAGCCCGUGGCGCGUUCACUACGUUGAAGGCGGCAAUGCAAGCUGCACCUGCCCUCCGUAUAUAUGACCCCACCCUUCCCACCCAAGUGACUACGAACGCUUCGGGAUACGGUAUUGGUGCGGUGUUGGAACASUGUCACGAGGACGGUUGGCAUCCGAUCGAGUACUUCUCCCAAAAGGUGCCUCUCGUAAACACUCUCGACAACGCUAGGAAGAAAGAGCUACACGCGUUCGUCACCGUUCUCAAACGGUGGCGCCACUUUCUUCUCGGCCGUCGGCGUUUUAAAUGGAAUACGGACAACAAUCCGUUGACCAUUUACAAAACGCAAGACACGGUCACUAGCACGAUCGGUCUAUGGAUGUAUUACAUCGACCAGUUCGAUUUUGACCCGUGCCACAUUCCCGGUCCCGCCAAUCGAGCUGCGGACGCCCUCUCACGACGGCCCGACUUUUGUGCCAUUGUGACCACGGCAUUCGAUCUCGAUGACAAUCUGCAGCCGCAUUUCAUCAAAGGCUACAAGUCCGAUCCGAUCCGGUACGACAAUGAAGUCGAGCUCGGCUCGGCACCCGCAGAGACGGAGCGAGCGCACCAGACCGCUCAGAUGAUGUUGCGUACGCUCAUCCGUCCCGACCAGAAAGAUUGGGUUGACCGGCUUCCCGACAUCGAGUUCGCCUACAACACUUCGGUGCACCCGGCGAUCUGCGUCACACCAUUCGAGCUACACCAUGGUGGAGAGAAAGCACGGAUCUUCGCAGAUCUACUUUUGCCACAGGCUGCCGACAUAGACGUCCCUUGCUCUCCCGCUUCCGUUCGGAAGUACCGGGACUUGCUGAUUAAGGCCCGCGCGAAUAUGCAAAAGGCUCAGAUCCGCAUGCAGCAGCAGGCUAACCGACGUCGACUUCCAUGUCCUUUCCGCGAGGGAGACCUUGUUUGGGUCCUCUCCGAGGAAUUUGCGCUCGAGCAGGACCUUUCGUGCAAACUCCUUCCGAAAUGGUUCGGACCAUGGGAAGUCACUUCUGCCGUUGGAGACGACCCCGCAGGUCCUUCCUUUGUGGUCAACAUUCCUCCGCACCUUCCAGUGCACCGGGUCUUCCACGCGUCGAAGCUGGCCAUCUACACGCCACCUUCCGCCGACGAGUUUCCCGGCCGUCGAUCCCAGGAUCCGCCUUCUAUGGACGGACAUCAGGAAGUUGACCGAGUCAUCACGCAUCGCAAGUAUGGCAACAAGCCAAUGCAGUUCAAAGUCACAUUCAAGCAAUGUGCGCCUGAUGACACUUGGUGGAUCUCCAGCACAGAUUUGCAGACUUUUGCACCCCUUAUCUUCGCCGACUAUGAAAGCGACGCCUUGCUAAGGAAGUAGCUCGUCCCGCUCGACCCACCCCGGUAUCGGACUGACAACUUCGCCCUCGCAGGUAGCUCGGUCUUUUAAGAGGGGGAGUGUGUUACAUC